CUGGGGAUUUUCUGGUGCUGGCUAUGUGCCUCUUGGGAGCAAAUACAUCAUUGGCUGAGGCAUGAAAUCUCCAUCUAGAUGUUUGGGGAUGUGGCUGCAAAUGUUUUCCUCAAGCCAUUUGUUUUAUGGUCUCUUCCUCGUGUGCUUUUUCUCUUUCCCCUGCAGGAUGCUCAGAUCAACCAAACCCAGAGUCUGGUCCUAGAGAAGGGGAACCCAGCCCACCUGAAAUGCAAACUAACUUACAAUCACACUUGGAUGCUCUGGUAUCGACCGGUUCAGGAGCAGGGGCUGCAGCUGUUCUUUUACUCGCUUGAUAGAAAAGAUGUGCAGAGCGAUGACACUAGAGAGAGAAUCACAGCCUCCUGGCUGCAGGCUCAGCUCUUCUACUUCACCAUCUCAUCCGUGACAUUGAAUCUGUGUAUUUCUGUUCCAGCAGUUCAGACACAGGGGUUCAGUCAUCUGCUCUCCUGCUACAAAAACCUCCUCUUCCCUCCCCUUCCUUGCAGACCCCAGCACCAGCAAGAGGCUGGCUGCCAGUGCUGGCUGCCUCUCUUAGCACUGGAGAGGUGCAAGGUGGGAGAAUGGACUGUGGUGGGGGCAAUCCAUCUCUCUGGGAUGUACUCACCUGAUAUGAAUAUCUCCAUUUGUCAUGACACACAGAUGCUGAAAUCACCCAAACACCAAGUCUGGUACUGAAGAGAGGAGAGACAGCCCAGCUGACAUGCAGACAAACUGAUA